AGCCAGGAGACCUGGAGGAGGCGCAUGGAGCCUAGAGACACGCAAAGAAACUGCGCUUGUCUUUUGGUCGUGGACUAGGUGACACAGAUAGUCAGUGACGAACUGAAAACAGGUUUCCUCCUUGAUGUGGGGACCCCUGCCAUGAUGAGGAACUCCUGCACUGUUCCAGCAUUCUCUCUCUGGGCUGCCAUUUUUCUCCUGUUAAUUCCAGAAGAUUUCUGUGAAAAAAUCAUUGGAGGACAUGAUGUGAAAUCUCAUUCAAGACCCUACAUGGUUCUGCUUAAAGGAGAGAAAAGCUUUUGUGCUGGGGCUUUGGUCGGAAAAAGCUGGGUAUUGACUGCUGCUCACUGUAAUGAGAUGAAAUACGAUGUCAUUCUUGGGGCUCACUCAAUAAGCAAUACAGAAAAAGAAAAUCAACAGAUAAUACAAAUUAAAAAAAUGUUUCCCUAUUCAUGUUAUGAUGAAAUAACAUUUGAGAAUGAUCUUCAACUUGUACAAUUGAGGAAAAGCGCAACAAUUAAUGAAAACGUUACUACCCUUCCAUUACCCAGUUUAACUAAAAAUGGGAAUGAUGUGAAACCAAACACCCAGUGCCAAGUUGCAGGCUGGGGGAGGUGUAACGAAGGGUCUUCAUCAGACACUCUGAAAGAAGUCAAUGUCACCAUCAUUGACAGAAAAAUCUGCAGUGAUAAAUGUCACUAUAAUAAUGAUCCUGUGAUUGGACGGAAUAUGAUUUGUGCUGGAAACAGCGAGGGUGGAAAGGACUCAUGUGAGGGAGACUCUGGCAGUCCUUUGAUAUGCAAGGGUGAGCUCAGAGGCAUCACUUCCCAUGGCGCCAAAGGGAAAUGUGGAGAUCCUCGCUUCCCUGGCAUCUAUACUCUUCUCUCACAGAAGCACAUCGACUGGAUAAACACGACUAUGGAAAGAUCAGUUUAGAUCAUUCUGUUUCAUUUCAUUUACUGUCACUUUUUGAUCUUAUAUAUAAAGUCACUUCC